GCAAACUGUGUACUGCAUAUAUCUUCCAGUCGUAAGCAUGGAUCAUAUGUGCAAUUACUGUCGUAGGCCGGCAGAAUUAAUGUGUCAACGAUGUCGCGAUCGAUAUUGUUCGAAAAAGUGCCAGGAUGUCGAUUGGCCACAACACAAAUUAUUCUGUUUCCCAAUGCCCUCACUGGUGAGACCACCGGACGAAAUGACCUUCGUUAAAUCAGAACCAGUUGAAGUACUACGACCUCCGAGUCCAUCUUCGAAAUUCCGAAAUAUGAAACUGGCAACCGACAAUGAUACAAUUUCAAAGGCUAGUCAGCUUGGAAGUGCCGAAGACAUUUUAAAAACGAAUGAUUCCAUCAAAUCGAAUGGCAUGUUGGGCAAUAAUGUUCCAUCCGCUAAUAUAAAUUCCAAGACUGGUCAACAGCCAUUGCCCGGAAAAGAUGAUAUUAUUCCGAAAUCGAAUGGUUCCGUCAAAGACAAUCGCAUUUUACUGAAUAAUGUUCCACCAGCUGUCGUUCAACAGGAAGUAAAAAGUUCAGUGAAGCCAGCGUACUAUAAGACGGACAAAGUUGAUGCUGCGUUGAUGAGAAAGCCGGGAACGUUGAGUGCAGUUAUGCCGAAACCGGUCCAACCACCAUCAGCUCAACCACCGAAACAAACAAUUCAAGAGCCGAAACAAGACAAAGUUGAGCCACAAAAGCAAGAUAAGGUUGAGCCGUCCAUACAACAGAAGGUCGAGCCUCCCAAGCAACAGAAGGUCGAGCCUCCCAAGCAACAGAAGGUCGAGCCUCCCAAGCAACAGAAGGUCGAGUCUCCCAAGGAACAGAAGGUCGAGCUUCCCAAACAACAGAUGGUCGAACCUCCCAAGCAACGAAAGGUCGAGCCUAUGCAGCAACAGAAGGUUGAGCCAACCAAGCAACAAAAUGUUGAAGCACCCAAGCAACAGAAUGUCGAGCCACCCAAACAACAAAAUAUUGCGCCACCCAAACAACGAAAUGUUGAGGCACCCAAGCAACAAAAUAUUACGCCCCCGAAAAAGCCUGAGCCAGCACUUUCGCCUGUUGAACAACCAACAUCUGGACCGUGGAUGAAACCUUUCCCGAUGGAUGAUAACGUGUUUGUCGAGAUUACUAUUCAGUAUGUGGCACAAGAUGGUAUUGUCUGGGUGUCUUUGGCAAAUAAAGAGAACGAGAACAACAACCUUCUCCGAAAAGUCAACAAAAUCGUGUCAGUGGCAUCCACUCCGAGCCCGACCGACAUCAAAGUUAAUUCACUGUUUCUCGUACCGUUCGAAGACAUUUACUAUCGAGGCGUUGUUUUGAAACCAGUUACGUCGGACGACACUGUACUAGUCCGAUUAGUUGAUUUCGGAAACGAAUGCGAAUGCGGCAUCGGGCAGCUUAAGGCAGCCCUUCCAUCUGUGUGCGAGGCGAACGCUUAUGCAUUCCCUAUCAAAUUCAAAAACCCACGCGACACCGAAAUCGGCAGUUCCAUCAAAGUUAAAAAGGUGUCGACUGAACGCGAUGUCAUAACAGUCAUAGUCGAAGGUGAAGCGGAUGUGACGCCCAAUAUGAUCACAAUGAAUGACAUCGAUACAGUUCCCCUGCCCGUGGGUGCAAACAAAGAUCUUGUUUGCUUGGACUUCAGCAACGUUGGAUCUGGUUAUGUGUCAUUGUGUAUUGCCGAUGCAAAGGCUGUCAAAUUUAUCGAAGAUAUGGGACCGCAAAUGAGCAAAUAUUGCGAAGAAACGAAAGACGAACACUGUCCCCAAGCGACUGAAUUGUGCUUGGCCAAAUUCGAGGACGAAGGAUGGUUCCGAGCACUUACACUCAAAGUGAUCGAACCGAAUAAGUUCGAAAUCAUGUUCAUCGAUUAUGGGAACAUAAUCACAGUCAGCAGUUCGGCCAUCCGAAAGAUGACCGACGACUUCACACAUCCGUGUUUGAUGAACCCGUGUUACAUAAAAGAUUUUCCUGAAGCACCGACCAAAGACGACAUUACGAAGGCUGCCAUUUACUUUGACGCGAAUCCAGCUCUUCGUGCUGACUUAAUUGAGAAGAACGGUGACAAGUACUUUUUGUCUGUCAAAUUCUAACUUCUCAAUUUGCUGUUUCUCUUUUCUUUCAAUUUCAUUUCGACGGAAUUCGUAUUUUCUUCGACAAUUUAAUUUGACUAAAAUGAACUUUAUUUACUUAAACGAUGAGAUGUUAACAAAAUGGGUAAAUUUUGACCUACCCGCUAAUUGAAAAAUGAUUUAAGCGUUGACGCAAUAAAAUGUUAAAUGAA